AAACAAACCUCUCUGACUGGGACGACAGAGCCUAUAUGCGCUGUUUUUUGCAUUUUUAAUGGCGAGCAGGAUGACAGACGGGAAAGAGACACGUCUGCUGUCAACAAUUCAGUAACAAAAAGAUAAAAUAAUAACCUCUGGAUUGUGACUGAACAGAGAGGAGACUGCAGAAAACAGAAGGACGAGUUUUUAACCUGCAGCGACUGGUCGACAUCUGCGCAUAUGAUGCAUUGCAGCACUUUUGAGAAAAUGGGUGUUUUUAGCCUCAUUCUGAGAAUAGAGUGCAUGAUCCGAGAUGUGGGUUGGGUUCUUUAGCUAGCGUGUCGUUUGAUUUGUGCUGGACUCGACAACAUCCCCUCUGGAGACCUGCAACAUGGGGCCCAUCAUGCAGGAGCGCACAGCAUCCACCAUACUGAAGCGCGUCGUCUCCAAAGAGAAGAUCCGGGUGAAAUAUGCUGAAAACACUGGGUCAGUAACCAGCUCAAAGAAAGGUAACAAGAUGAAGAAAGCAGUGGGCCAGAUGAAAAAUGGCCUGCCAGGACCAGGUCAGGAGAAGGACACAGUGACAACAGUGCAGAAGGGUGCACAGUCAAAAGGUGGCAGGGUCAAAUCCGGCACUACGCGCAAUACGAGCAAACUCUCCAGCCCUGAGGAAGGAGAUUUGAGACCUCAAGUCCGCAAACAUUUAUCUGUGCACAGGAAAGAGGAGCAACGUGAAAAUCAACGGAUGUCACCGUGCGGCAACGAGCUACAACCAAAUCGUGGCGGGAUGGGGAAAAACCGGCGAGCCCUCUCCCUGCCGCUCUCCCCAAUAUCAGGGCUACGACACAUGCCAGCACAUCCUCUGACCCACUCCCCAGCCCCCACCCCAGAGUUACUACAGCGCCACUACCAGAAGGAUGAAGACACCGACAGCGCCAGUGAUCUGUCGGACUCCGAGAGGCUGCCUGUGCUGCCCUCUCCCUGCACGCCCUGCACUCCUCCUCACCUCAACCUCCGGGCCGAGGUCAUCAACACUAAUGAUUUCCCCCCGGACUUCCCGGGACCCCACGGGGUUGUGGGUGAUGACGACGAGGGCGAGAAACCCAGCUACAGUUACCCAGACUUUCUGCCUCCUCCCUUCAACAGCUGGAGCCUGAGACAGCUGGCGGUGUUUCUUCACACGGAGGGCCGUGGCGCCCCCCGGCCCAAGCCUGUAGGCAACUUGGAGAAGUACCUGGAGAGGCUGCUGCAGCUGGAGUGGCUCCAGAUCCAAACGGUGCAAGCGGAGAGCAGCCGUCCACCUGGGAGCCGCACGAAGCCACAGGGUUUCCCCUCUGCCACCACCGCUCACCCACCCAGGCCUCACACGGCUCCGCCGUCCCGACUCAACUCCCCUAAAGGGCUGCGGCAGAGCCAGCGAGCCUUCCCAUUUACACCCGUCAACAACCCCCCAUCGCCUGCUUCAGCCCAGCAACAGCACUCCCGCUUUCCAGUGUGCCCUCACUGUCACAUUCGCUACCCGUUGUGCAACGGAAGCUGCUCGGCCUAUGCCUACCAGCGUCACUCGAGGCUAAGCCCACUGCUGGAGCGCAGAGCCAGACCUGGAGCGCCGGCGAAGAGGAGCAGCAGUGAGACCCGAGCAACCUCAACAGAAGGUAGGAGCCCAGGAGGACAAGGUGGAGGACAAGGCGGAGGACAAGGCGGAGGACAAGGAGGAGGACAAAGCGGAGGAGGAGCCCAGACCCCAGUUAGCCCCUCAGCUGGAAGGAGUCACAUCAGGCACAUGCAGGCCGCCGGCAACGCACGUAAGCAACCCCAGGAAUCUGGAGCUAACUCAAACGGCAGAGGUCAGGUGAGGAAAAGCCGCGUCAGAGCCAACUCCGAGACCGAUAUUAAGAAAGAGCCGUGUGGCAGUAAAACAGCCAGUGCAGAGAAUCGGGCUUUUGUUGCAAGUAAGAGAGAGGUCAUGACCUCCAAGCGAGCAGAGAAGGACUGGCAGAGGACAGAGGCGGUAAGUCAGGCCUCGAAAACUGCCAUGAAAAGAGCUGCUAAAGAGCCGCAGUCUCUCUCCAAAGCUCCGCUUAGUAGUAAGCAGAAUGGCAAAACAAAAAACGUGCACUUUGUUGCAAAGUAAACCCCUAUAAACCUACAGUAUAGUGCUUUACUCAGUGGUUAACUCGGUACAGGAGCUCGAACCUAUGCUUGCUUUCUGUGUAAUCUGUGUAAUACUAACAUGUCGUAACUGUUGUACAGCAGUCUAAAUCGGUCAGUGGUGUACAGCCUUCUAAAGGUCAAAACUAACAAGAGGUUGAGCAGCUAGAAUAGAGAUAAAAACAGCAAUGAUUUCCAAGCAUUAAAUAGAACAGGAUUAUACACUCUGUAUUUCAUUCAAAAUGUACAGUAAGUAUACAGUCACGACGUUAGACUGUGCUUUGACAGGCAGCUCAUUAUGAGCUUAUGAGCUUUUAUGUGAAUUCUGCUGCACUGCACAUCAUCAUCAUCUCUCAGUAUACUACAAAUGUCAAAAUAAAAUAAGCAUCUACUCUGCCAUUGGACUGCUUUCAGCGUAAGUAAUCCAUAGUGACGUUUCAAACAGAUCAUUACAUUUUCACAUACGACCACAGCCGUUACUAAGUGGAGUCUGUGAUGUUUGAAUGUAUUUGUUUUCAAUGCUCUUACUUUACUUGAUGUUGCAUUUUUAUCUUUUCUUUGGUGCCUCAUGUUUUAAGACACGUAAUCAGUUAAAGCAUCUUUGGCUGGAAAAGGAGGUGCACUGAGUGGUGGCGUGCUGCAGUGAUGUGUUUUUUUUUGUUUCAGACAUAAAUUGUGCAAUGGUUUCAAACUUUUGGUUCCAAGGGCUUUUCAUGUUUGAACAGCUUGAAUUGUAGUCUAUGAUAAAUAUACUGUAUUUUGCAAAGAGCUGAGCUCUUUCUAUCAUUGAAGACCGUGUAAUGUUUGCUACGAAUGUAAAUGCAUAUUUUUCCAAAUUUUUCUAUACCAUAGUUAUAUUUAUGAAAAGUGUCGUGGUUGACUUGUAUCCAUCAUCGUCACUAUUACGUUUACAUCGUCAUGCACCAAAAAGAAAAAAGAGCUGAAUGUAACUUAAUGUCUACCGUGCUGUACCAUCAAUGGGAGUUCAACACAUCAUAGCUGUCAUGCUGUAACAUGGUAAUGUUAUACAUCAUCACUUCCAUAAUAUCACACUGCAUACUUGAAGUCUGUAGAACACUGUGUUUACAUUAGAGUGUCUUAUCCGUUUGUUGUGAUUUGCCAUGCAGCACUUGAUUCAUGGGAACACCACAUCAAUGUAAAUAAUGUGAUAUGUAUUCAGAUUGCACCUCUUUACUUAAUAUUCAUGUAAAGUAUCAAAGCCAUAGACGAGAGGCCAGGAGGGGCGAUGUUAUUAUAAAUGUGUACAUUAUGUUGACACGCACGCAGAAAGAUUGUGGUAUGUAUUUUCUCAAUGUUGAAUGCAAGUAUUUGUAAGGCAUAGAAAUAAAUGUUUUGCACUCAA